CAGGUGUUGCUGCAGUUGUCUCCCCGUGUUCGGGAGGCGUGGCGCUACUUGGUACAGACUACACUAUUCAGGCCGACAUGAGCCGCUACACUGGCUUUGUGUGGGUUCGACCUGAUAGCCGAUAUGUCGUCACAUGCUUCCCAGGCUGCAGCCCUGUGGCUGGAUACAGUGGAGUCGUGAAUGUUACACACACUACACUGACUAUAGACAGUGUGGGGAUGGCAGAUGCUGGGACUUGGAGCAUCAUGGAUGCAACAACAGUUGGUGCUGUUCCCGUCCAAAGUUGCCAGCUGACCGUGGCGAACCUCCCUCAGUGCAACAUCAGCAGUGAUGCAGAUCUAGCAACUCUCCAGCCCAAUACAACCCUCACACUGACAGUAGACAUCAGAGGGUAUUACUGUUCACGAGGGGCAAGCGUGGGUCUCACUACUGGAAACGUUACGGAGAUGUUGAUAGACCACAACGCUUCUGAUACCAGCGACGUUGUAACUUCACGCACCUUCAGUGUGACACCAGUCCGACUCGGUGACGUCACAGUCAGCUUUACGUGUGACGUCAGGAGAUGGGAUCUGAACUGUGAUGGUGUUGAUAACCUGGUUGGAGCAUGCAGUCCCCGUUUGUCCUCUGGCUGUGUCGAGCGAGAUUCCUUCUUCGUGGUUUCAGACCAACGAUGCGCCAUUGGCUUUAGUUUCAGUUCAGUGAUGUCGGACCAGAGAGCAGAUAAACCAUUCGUCUGA